UCUCAGAGGUCGUUUUUGUGAAUCAUGUAAAUCCGAUGAGAUUUUGUUGGGGGGGGGGGGGUAGGCCAUGUGUCCAGCCAUGCCGACAGACAAAAUAAACAAAAUGCGAUCGAUUCCAGAUGCGAUUCCAGACGUGCUAAAUUGGUUUCCCACUGUUCUGUUAACUCAUAUCUAAUUAUAGAUUCGACGCGGUCAUUGCUUCUCAAUUAGUCUAUCCCCCUGGGCGUAUUGCUCUUUCAGUUUCCAUAAUCUCGUGUUUCGUUCUAUCCCUCUGGGCAUUAUUCGCCCGGUCAGUGCUUUCGUAAAUCUCCGUUCCAAGAACGAAAGUCUUCUGCGAAUUUCUACAAGAAGGCGUGUUUUGUACCGAACUUUAACGAUAACUGCCGAAUUGAAAAAAAGCGGUUGUCGUCGUCAGCCAUUUUGUCUCGGCGUCUGCUUGCGUUCAAAGUUCAAAUUUACACUGAAGUGUCUCGUCGUCUGCUAGCGUUCAAAGUUCAAAUUUACAAUGAAGUUCUUACCCGUAGGAUAUAACACACAAGAUCUUGAAAAGCAAGCGAAAAACAAAUGGAGAUGGCAAUGGCUGUCUGAAUGUGAUUCUAAGGGAAUGAAAUGGACAGAUUGGCUUAAAAAGAUAGAUGUGUGUGGCGUUGCCUAUUGUACUUUUUGUGGGAAAACCAUCAAUUACAAGUCAAACGGAAAGAAAGCUCUGAAGUUGCACUGUGAAGAUGGGAAUCAUCAAAAAAUCGCCAAUGUAGUGAAAACCAAUUCGGUUCUUCCAGGGUCAUCCAAGGCAACAGCGAAGACCGAGUCGAUGCAAGACAGGGUAGCCAGACAACGUGCGAUCACUGCUGCAUUCAUAAGUGAGCACUGUCUGCCAUUCUCGAUAGCCCCAGAACUUCUUGAAUUUGCGAAAAGAUUGUGUCAAGACAAGGAAGCGCUGGACAGAACAACCAUUUCUAGAUCUAGCGCCACUUACAUAAACACACAUGGUGUUGCAAGAUGCAUGAAAGAAGAAUUAUCUAUAAAACUUAAAGGCCAGGCUAUAUCAUUAAAUGUUGACGAAGCUACCAACCAUAACAAUGACAAGAUAUUAAAUGCUCUGGUUCAAUAUUAUGAUGAAGAAACUGGCAAAAUAGAAAUAGCCCAUCUUGGGUCCAGAAAACAGAACUUUGCUACUGCAGCGAACAUCCUAGAAUCUCUUGAAAGUAUUUUGGCAGAGUAUGGUCUUCAGUGGUCACAGGUGAUAAGUGUCCUGAUGGAUAAUUGUUCAACAAUGAGAGGUGUCCGAGGGGGUGUGGAAACCCUUAUACGAGCGAAAAACCCAAAUCUGCUAGAUGUAAGUGGGGAUACGGUGCACAUGAUCAACAAUGUUGCCAAGACUUUGCUUUAUUGUGUAGACAAAACCAUGCCAAUGUUUGCUUCAGACAUGUUCUAUGACAUUGAAGAAUCACCAAAAGUUAAAGAAAUCUUCAGUGAAAUACAGAACCUGAUGAAUGGAAAAACAUCUAAGCACUUGAUCCGCCCUAUAUCUAGCAGAUUUUUGCAGAUGAAUGUCGUAGCUUGCAGACUGAUGGAAUGUAUGGACUUCCUGACAGUCUACUACUAUGGAUAUCUGACUGAGGAGGAAAAGACAAAACACAGACACCUGAUAAGCAACAUCUUUGAGUCUCAUGAUGUGACAGUGGAGGCCCAGGCAGCUAUAACAUUGCUACAGAUGUCCCAAGACAGACAGCAGAAGUCAGCCACCAGUACUGAACGAAAGGACCGCAUUGUGGAUCAUCUGUUUCAGAAUAGGCGGGAAACUUUUGUUAAAUUAAAUUUGUAUAGAGGACUACUAGACACGUUCCAAGGGUUUGUGAAAACAUUUCAAACUGAAAAACCUCUCAUUCACACCCUGCACGAGCAAAUGGUUGUCAUUACAAGAGAGCUGUUGGGAAUGUUUAUCAAACCUGAGCACAUUCCGAACAGCAUUACCGACCUCCUAAAACUUGAUGUGACGGACAGAAAUAUACAAAAGCCGGACAGGGACCUUGGAGUUGGGAAGUAUGCCUUUACAGACUUGAACAAGGCACGUCUAGACAAACGGUGCAAGUACUGGACUGCACAGCUGUACACUGACAUGCGCACUGGCUACAUCAUGGCUGCUAAGAAGAUGCUGAGUCUUCCAUUAGGCAACAAAACUUUGCGGAGACUUGCUGCUCUUGAUCCAAAAUUGGCCAAUCACAGUCAGACCUCAGCAUCUUUGAAGUGGCUGUGCCAAAGCUUGCCCAACAUGUUUAAUGACAUGGAAGCUGGUAAACUUGCAGUGGAAGUUGACAGAUACUGUGUUAGCCAGCAAGUGAAAGAAUUAGCCAGUGAAUACAAUGAUGACAGAAUUGACACUGGCUAUUGGGGCAAAGUUUUUGGUCUGAAAAUAAGUUCAGAAGUGUGUUUCCCCACUCUGAAGAAGUUGAUUUCAGCCUUGCUAACAGUGUUCAGUGGACCUUUAAUUGAAUCCACAUUCAAUAUAAUGGAUGACAUUGUUGAGAAAGACAGAACUGCAUUGACUGUGGCCAACUAUGAAGCGGUGGCAAUCAUCAAGACAGCACUGAGGAUGAAAAAAACAACCAGCACAAAAAUGACAGUGAGCAGAAAUCUAAUCAAAAGCUGCAUUAAUGCUUAUGCUAACUAUCAACAUUAUUUGAAACAAAAGAAAGAGUUAGAAACUUGCUCAGAAGCUAAAUACUUCCAUCCACUUGCUAAAAAUUGAAAAAACCAAACGAAUUUCCAAACUUGUUAGAUUGAAAAAUAAGAUUGUCAACAGAAAAAGAAAACAGAAUGACUCUGGACAGGGACAAAGGUUCAAACGCAUAAAAAUGUUGUAAACAUGUGAUGCAAAAAGAUGUUUGAUUUUUAAAAGAAUGGCAUUUGGUUUUUAGGACUUGAAAUUUAAUUUUGAUGAAUCCUAAAUGCAGAAUUGUUUGUAAAUAAAAUGAUUGUUUUUCUUUUGUAUCUUAAUCCUAAAUGCUUAUGAUCCCUGAUGAAUCUAUAGUUUUCAUGAAAAAUGUCUAUAAAGUACAUUUAACUUGCAGAAAUUUACAACUAUUGAUGCCUUUGAACUAACUGUUAUUAAAUAGUGAUACUCUGUCUGUUAUGGACAGAUUUUCAAUUUUUAUUGUUCAUAAUUAAACAUUUAUAGUAAUUCUUUAAGUAAGGAGUGUAUGCUUAGUAAACAAAAUUAAUAGAUUAAAUGACUGAAUAAAGUUAUUGUACAUGUACAAACAUAA